AUGAAGGUCAAAGAAGAGGGUUCUGAUCGGAGUGCAGAGAUGCGUGUUUGCAUCGAAGGCAAUGCCGAUCCUCUGCCCGAAUAUGGAGAAUAUGUUGAUCCGGUUGACCAUGCAGUAUGUUCUUAUAUUCCUUUAGAGGAAGGACAGAAGCCAAAGUUCAAUGGAAAAUUCAACGGAACUACACUGGAUAUCGUGUGCGACGCAUUCAUGGAUGGAAUACACCGCAAAUGCUACUCCUAUGGUGCUAGGGCUGUACGAUUCCAAAAGGGUAAAAAGAUCGAGAUCGACAAGUUUCUAUUCAAGACCGAGGACGGAGUUAUUGAUUCCCAGAUGGUGGUGUCUACUUUGGACAUGCCCACGACUCAAUCGGAUUCGCCAGAGACUAUUGGCACUAUGGAGCUUCGACUCUGCUGCACGCGUAGAAUGAGCGUCUCUCAUGAAGUCAAGGGUAUUAAGCAGUAUUACACCAAGGAUAACCAGAAGCCAGGCAAUGAGGACAACGACACGUCCAAUAGUGAGGGCAGUGAGACUUCCGACAAUGAGGACAACCAGAAGCUCGGCAAUUCCAAAAAGGGCAAUGAGAAGACCAAUCAGAUUGUAAGCUACAGGCAGAUUGCACCCACAUCUCGACUCGAAAUAGUGAGAGAUUCUGCUCCUAUCAGCGAACAAGCAGUAGCCAGUUACUACAACAAGAUGAUUUCAUCACGGCCGGGCGAAGAGCCUUGGGCAAUAUUCCGGUUUCACUACCGUAGUAAAGAAGCACUCGAAAAGUCUGAUAUAAAACAAAGUGUCACCCUCGCACUCCAGCUACAAGUGAAGGACCCUUUUCAAAGCAAGCCUGGAGACAAACGUCCCUCCGCCACUAUCAACGAGACACUUCCCGAAGCAAAACGUUCAAAGGUCCUCCCGCCCUCACCUUCCUUGAACGUCAACCCUCUUAAAAGUCAACUUGCCGAACGCCGCAAGAAGCUUGCAGAGUUGCACAAGAACCACCGUCAAGAAGCUGAAACCUUGGCUACUAUCCAGAGAAAGAUAGAGCCCUACGAACAGCGUAUGAUGGAGGAGCUGGAACGCAUUGACCAGGCGAUAACGGAGGAGGAGACAGCACUCAAAGAAGUAGUGGAGCGUCGCAGCCACUUUGAGAAAGUGCUACAGGAGUUCGAAGAUGGCCAAGAUGAUGCCUAG